AUGGUUAUGGAGAAUUUCCAUUGCAGCAUGAAGUUGGUUUAUUGUUUGAUUCUUUAUCGCGUAUUCACCAAUGAUCGAGAUUCUAUUAGUUUCAAGAUUUUUGAUUGUGAUGUGUCGUUCAGCCUUGAAGACUUUCACAUUAUGUGCGGUUUGAAGAUCACAUCACAUAAUGUUGAAAUCCCAAUUAAACGAGAGAGUAAGAUUCUGAAGCACUAUUUUGGGAAGUCUAAGGGCGUGACCUUGAAGGACAUUCGAGAUUAUAUGAUACAGAAUCAAAUUAAAAAAGAUAAUGUGAAUUUCAAACACAUAUGUGAGAGUGAUGAAGAUGCUGUGAAACUUAUGCAAAUUCUUAUUGUGGAGUAUAUUUUGUUCGGAAGAAAGAAUGAAUCAAUUGUGUUGGAAGAAUAUGCAGCUAUUGUUGAAGACGAUGAAUCUUGUCUUAAUUAUCCUUGGGGUAAUGCAUCUUAUGAGAAGCUUAUUACCUCAAUGAAACAUGCUUUGGAUAACAAGGACAAAAAUAAUACAACUGAGUAUACUGAAUAUUUUGAUAAGAAGUUUGAAGAAUUGUUUGAGAUUGUCGACAAGUCAAAAGGAAGAGAUGAUGGCGAUACAGAUUUUGAAUUCAUGAACUAUCGAUAA